AUGUUUUCUACUCAAUUCAUAGACAAGUUUUCUGUUAAAAAAUGUCCUUUGGUUAUUGGAAUUAGGCGACAAUUUGAGUACGAAAGAGAUGGAUUAACAAUAUCUGAAUAUCAAUUUGAAACAUUUGUUAAAAGUAAUACUUUAUCACGUAGUGAAAUCAAUGCUAAUCAUAAAAUUCUAUCCAAUGAAUUGGUUAUUUUCAAAGAGAAAUGCGAUGAGAAUGAACAAAAUUUAUCAUUUAAUUUCGUUAAAAAAACUCGUCUUUGCUGGGACAUUAUACUUGAAAUAGCGCAAUAUCUUCCGUUAAAUGAUGCGAUUUCUGCAUUCUCUAUUCGUAUUCUUUUUCUAUUACAAAAUACUCAAUCAAAAUUUCAGUUGUCUGAUCCAUAUGAUCCAUUUGUUAAAACAAUUCUGCCAAAAAUCAAAAAAGAACAAAUUAUUUCGUUACAAUCCAGUGAACAUCGGCUGCAUUUAGGCAUUGAAGAAGACUUGUUAUCUAAGUUUAGAGACGUUUUUUCAUUAAGUCUUCACAAUUUAUUACUCUCUUAUCGAAUGUAUACGUAUAAAAGAAUGUGCCCGAAUUUGACUCGUGUCUCUUUCAGCUAUGACAUGGAAGUUGAGUAUAAGCUAUUCAAUGAACUAUUAGAUGAACUUAAGAAUAAAAUUAAACGAUUUGAAAUUCAUUGUCCAGGAAUAUUUGGUAAUCAAAUUGAUAUGGAUUCAUUAAAGCAAAUGAACAAAAGAACGACAAGCAUUCAAUACUUUUUACUUGAUAUCGGUCACUAUUCUCUGACAGCAACAAACGAACACCUUCAACAUCAUAAACCAUUUGUUUUUAUAACAAGCAUUGGAUUUAUAAGUCGAAUGCCUUGCAUACGAUAUAUUCAUUUAAUUAUCAAAAACUAUGAUGUUGAACACUUUUUGGAUGAUGAUCGAUGGAAAACUUCAGUAGAAUUAUGUUCCAGUUUACAGAAAAUAAUAUUACAAGUGUUGGGAAAUACACUUCACAGGGCAUGGUGGAUAAACAAAGUAUUGAAAAUCCAGACAACAUUACGUAUUAUACGACCAACAAUCAACUUUCAAAUUUAUUUUUAA